AUGACGACUUCUACAUCAUCAUCGAGCAGCCAGCAGGUUGAUUCUCUCAUUGAGAACUCGGCAAAGUUGUCCAUCGCAGCGGACAACAUUGACAACAACAACAAUGACAACAACGAAAACAACAACAACGACAACAAUACAACGACGACGACGUCAACCGCCACCACUACUUCAUCCGAUGAAUCAUCACAACAGACAACCGCCACCACCACAAGCAGCACCGAGCAGCAACAACAACAAACACAACAACCAACACCAUUGGACAGCAACCUUAUCAAACAUCCACUACAGAACAAAUGGUCGCUUUGGUUCGACUACCGCAAUGCAAAGACAUCGCAGGACCAGUGGGCCGACCAGCUCAAGAAGAUCAUCAGCUUCGACACGGUCGAGGACUUUUGGUGCGUGUUCAACAACCUGCCCGCCGUCAGCUCCAUCAAGUCGGGCAGCAGCUUCCAUCUGUUCAAGGACGGCAUCGAGCCCAAGUGGGAGCACGAGGCCAACAAGAAGGGUGGCAAGUGGAUGGUCAGCAUCAGAGACAAGGCCACCGCCGACAACAUGUGGCUGCAAGCCGUCAUGGCCUGCGUUGGUGAGACCUUUGACACAAGCGAUGACGUCUGUGGUCUCGUCUACCAAUCCAGAAAGCCAGGUGACAGAAUUGCCAUUUGGACCAGACAUGCCAACAAUGAGGACCUCACAAGAAGGUUAGGCAAAUCACUUAAAUCAGCAAUGGAGAUCACCGGAGGACUGUUUGGAUACACUCUUCAUGAGGACUCGCUGAGAACUAGCAGGAGCCAGGGCACCAAGAACCUUUACGACGUGUAA